AUGAGGACCCCGUGGCUCUGCUGGGCGCUGUGCGCGCUGGCCCUGGCCCGCCCCGGGGCGGCGCUGACCGGGCAGCAGGUCCUGGGCAGCCUGCUGCGGCAGCUGCACCUCCGCGAGGCGCCGGUGAUUGACGCGGCCGACGUGGGGCAGCUGGUCACCCCGGCCCACGUGCGCGCCCAGUACGUGGCCCUGCUGCGGCGCAGCCACGGGGCGCACUCGCGAGGGAAGCGGUUCAGCCAGAACUUUCGAGAGGUGGCCAGCAGGUUCCUGGUGUCCGAGGCCUCCACCUACCUGUUGGUGUUCAGCAUGGAGCAGCGGCUGCCCCCCAACAGUGAGUUGGUGCAGGCCGAGCUGCGUCUCUUCCAGGAGCCAGUCUCCAAGGUCGAGCUGCGCAGGCAGGAGCGGCUGUCCCCGCGCAGUUCCCGGGCCCGGGUCACUGUCGAGUGGCUGCACGUGCGCGAUGACGGCUCCAACCGCACCUCCCUCAUCGAUUUCAGGCUGGUGUCCAUCCAUGAGAGCGGCUGGAAGACCUUUGACGUGACCGAGGCCGUGAACUUCUGGCAGCAGCUGAGCCGGCCCCGCCAGCCGCUGCUCCUGCAGGUGUCCGUGCAGAGGGAGCACCUGGGCCCACUGGCCUCUGGCGCCCACCGCCUGGUGCGCUUCUCCUCCCAGGAACAGGGGGGUGCCGCCCACGGGGAGCCCCAGCUGGAGCUGCACACGCUGGACCUCAGGGACUAUGGGGCUCAGGGUAAUUGUGAUCCCAAGUCACCUGUGGAUGAGGCCACCCGCUGCUGCCGCAGAGAACUGUACAUUGACCUGCAGGGGAUGAAGUGGGCUGAGAACUGGGUCCUGGAGCCCCCAGGCUUCCUGGCGCAUGAGUGUGUGGGCACCUGCCAGCAGCUCCCAGAGCCUCUGUCCUUCAAGUGGCCGUUCCUGGGUUCCCGGCAGUGUGUGGCCUCGGAGACCACGGCGCUGCCUGUGAUCAUCAGUGUCAGAGAAGGGGAGAGGCUCAGGACCCAGGUGGUCAGCCUGCCCAACAUGAGGGUGCAGACAUGCAGCUGUGCCUCAGAUGGGGCACUGGUGCCCAGGAAGCUGGGGCCAUAGGUGUGGGGUAGGGAACACUGAAUGGGGGUCUAGUGCAGGUCUUCAUGUUCUACCUAACAAGUUCCCCCCUGCUCCCCACUGAAUGCCUCUAUUUUACCCUCCCCAGAAUCCUUCUGGCUCUUGUGCUCUGUCCAGCCCCACCCUAAGCACUUACACAAGUAACUAAUGUGACUUCUAAUAGGAAACCCCAGACUACACCGUAGAGGGUGUAGCCGAGCACGGAUGGACUGUCACUUGGGAGCACCAUGUCUGGCAAAUUCUCAGCUGAGUACUGGAUAACACAUCCUUGUGAUAAAAAUGGGGGAAACAGACUGAUUCAGAACACAUGAUGAAUUAAAACCAAAAAGCCUCUCUGCUUUCCCCAAGUUGGGGGCGGGGGAGUGGAUCUAAAAAUGAAACCAGAUCCUAAGACUACAUACUAACUGUUCCAAAGGAAAAAUAAAACAGAAACAAAAUGUUGACUCAUUCUGCAUUUCUGUAAACAUACUUGAUUCUAUCCUCUGAGAGGGUUCAUAGAGGGGAGACAGAGUGUCAGGCUAAAAGCAGCACAUAGGAAUUAGGAUGGCUGGUUUGUAGAUCUAAGGACCACAAGGCCUGACUUCAUACAAAUGCAGUAGCCUUCAGGUCAACAUUGCCUCAGUCCAGCUCACCAUUUAGAGUUAUGCUGGGAUUCAGCUGUGACAUAUCACUAGGAAUCAGACAGCUUCAGCCUUACCUGCUGCUGAGUCCUCCAUGUCUUCUGAAUCCAAACAUAUUUAGCUUCUUUUUUCCACUAUUGUAAAGAACUUAUCUCCCAGCAUUAAUAAUGUAUUUACAUUGUUUAAUGUAGAAAACAAUAAUG